GUUGAUCUGUAUUUUUGUAAAAUACAGGAUUGUACAGACACCGACGGAGCUGGGUCGUUGAGCAGGCUUUUUGCAACAAGUUAAAUAUGCGAUAAAAAUUUUUUACUUACACCUAUUAGCCAAAAGGAGAAUUAAUUAAAAGCAGUUUUUCCGCAUUUCGUCAGUCAUAUUCGACGGUUUCAAAACAAGUCGGUUUGAAUUAAUUUUUCCUCAUACAGCAGCAUAACACCGGACCAAUAUUUUUAGUUUUGGUGCAAGGGCGGCCGAAAUGACGAACAACCUUCGGUCAAAGAGUUGCUUGUUGUAGCUGUAAUUUAUAUUAAAUUCGGCCAAGCAGUUCCUUGCACGGGAUUCUGAAAAUGAAUGGUACUUUAACUGGUGCAGUGGCCAUUGUUACCGGUGGAGCUUCCGGUCUGGGAAAGGCCUGUGUGGAUCUGCUGGCAGCGCGGGAUGUACGGGUGAUCUCCGUUGAUUUUUCCUACACCGAAAGGGCAGUUGCUACCGAUGCCCCCAUAGUGUUGUACCCGGCAGAUGUUAGUUCAGAAGGGGAUAUUCAGAAUCUCAUUGCGUACGUAGCCGAAACAUAUGGAAGACUCGAUAUCAUCGUGAACUGUGCCGGGAUAUGUUUGACGCAGCCAGUUUAUGAUUUCACCACCGAUACACCCCAUAGUCUGUCAGACUUCGCUAAAAUGCUUCAGGUUAAUACAAUCGGUACAUUCAACGUGAUUCGGUUGGGAGUCGGUUUGAUGUCGCGCAAUCAGCCCAACACCGAUGGCGCCCGAGGAGUCAUUAUUAAUGUCGCCAGUUCGCUGGGUCUGGAGUCGGGACCGGGUGUCGUCGGCUACGGUGGAAGUAAGGCAGCCAUAAUUGGGAUGACCCUUGGGUAUGCCAGAGAAUUCAGUCCCGUGGGAAUACGCGUGGCGACCAUUUCACCCGGUAUGAUGCGAACCCCGAUGCUUAAAGAACAGUACUUAGCACGUGCUACGGAAAUAGCACUAUUUCCGCGCCGGCCUGGACAUCCGGAUGAGUUCGCCCACUUGGUGCAGGCAAUCAUUGAAAAUCCCUUAAUUAACGGUGAAGUUAUACGGCUCGAUACCGGUAGUAGAUAUCCACAAGGCCUGUAAUUGAUUUGUUUGUUGUUACUUUUACUCAGAAAACAAAAUACGCUAUAUAAUUACAGGCAUUUAAAUGCACAUCGCUCCAUGGUUUUGCCGUAUUAUGUUACACUGCUUCAGAGACUUUGCGAUUUCAGUAACUGAACCUUAGCAGCCUAUGAGCGGCUUUUUAGUUUUGUUUUCAUUGGCAGUUGUCGGUGUAACAUUUGAACGUUAACAAAAAUUGCCGAAUAAAAAUAACAUAUA